UAAACUUAAUUAUUUAAGGAAUUUGAAAAUAUUCUGUAAUGGCAGUGUAGAUAAUUGUUUCAAAUGUUAUGUUAAAAAUUAUAGUAAAAUUAUAUAUCCGGAAACCUACUUUUAAAAUAACUUGGUUCAUGAAGUAGACGGGUCUGUGAAUGGUUGGACCACUGACAUUCGCGUGUUAAAUUGACAUGUGGCAGUGAAUAAACUAGUAAAUCUUAUUAGUUAAAAUGUUUAGAAGUAAAAUAAGGAUACACACAUGCCGAAUUAUCCUUCUUACAUCGCUUGUGUGGUUGUUAGUUGAUGUUGCAAUACUAACUUUUUAUUCUGACUGUUUUGGUGAUGGUUGCAACAAGAAAACAACAAACGAUUAUGGAUUAAGGGAUGUAGAAGAAUUAAGGGGCAAAAAAGCUGCAAUAGCUGCCGGAUUACAUAGAGAUGUGGGGGAUGAUGAUACGAACCUUGAGGAGAAUGAGGUAGAACCAGAAGUUGGUGAUGAUGGGUUAAAUUUGCCCUCAUAUCCAAGAUCUAGACUUAAGAAGUGGAAACCUGCUCCACAAAUAAAACCUCAAGCAGACUUACCAGGAGAAAUGGGUAAACCAGUGAACAUUCCAAUAGAACAAGAAAAGAUAAUGUUGGAAAAAUUUCAGGAAAAUCAAUUUAAUUUAAUGGCUAGCGACAUGAUCUCAUAUAAUAGGUCAUUGACUGAUGUUAGAUUUGAAAAGUGUAAAGAUAAGCCAUAUCCACAACUACUGCCAACAACAAGUGUAGUGAUUGUUUUCCAUAAUGAAGCAUGGUCCACACUGAUAAGAACUAUAUGGAGUACAAUAAAUAGAUCCCCACGGCCACUUUUGAAGGAAAUUAUAUUGGUUGAUGACGCAAGUGAGAAAGAACAUUUAGGCAAGAAGCUAGAAGAGUAUAUUAAAACACUGCCGGUGCCGACGCAUUUGUUUCGUACGGAGAAUCGUUCGGGUCUGAUUCGCGCGCGUCUCCUCGGCGCGAAACACGUGAAAGGUGACGUCAUCACCUUCUUGGACGCUCAUUGCGAGUGCACAGAGGGUUGGUUAGAGCCGCUUCUCGCGAGGAUCGUUGAAGAUAGGACUACAGUUGUAUGUCCGAUCAUUGAUGUAAUUUCGGACUCAACAUUCGAGUACAUUCAAGCUUCGGACAUGACGUGGGGCGGUUUUAAUUGGAAACUCAACUUCAGAUGGUACCGUGUACCAGAGCGUGAAAUGGCGAGAAGAGGGGGCGACCGAACAGCUCCCUUACGCACGCCUACAAUGGCCGGUGGCCUGUUUGCCAUCGACAGGGACUAUUUCUACAAAAUCGGCUCUUACGACCAGGGUAUGGACAUCUGGGGUGGAGAGAACUUGGAGAUGAGCUUCAGGGUGUGGCAGUGCGGCGGGCGCCUUGAAAUAGUGCCUUGCUCUCACGUCGGCCACGUGUUUCGUGAUAAAUCUCCGUACUCAUUCCCCGGUGGAGUUCAAAACGUGGUCCUCCAUAACGCGGCAAGAGUUGCCGAAGUGUGGAUGGACGAAUGGGGAGAGUUCUAUUACGCCAUGAAUCCAGGUGCCUUGAACGUGCCUGUCGGUGACGUCACUGAACGGAAGGCUUUGCGGGAGAACCUGAAAUGCAAGAGCUUCAGAUGGUACCUGGAGAAUAUUUACCCGGAGAGUCAGAUGCCUCUUGAAUAUUAUUAUUUGGGAGAGAUUCGAAACGCUGAAACGUCUAAUUGUCUCGACACUCUGGGCGGGAAAGCUGGGCAGCCCCUGGGAAUGGGAUACUGUCAUGGAAUGGGUGGGAAUCAGGUGUUCGCAUAUACAAAACGCAAGCAGAUUAUGUCUGAUGACAAUUGCCUUGAUGCAGCCCACCCAAGGGGUCCAAUUAAGCUAAUCCGAUGUCAUGGGAUGCGAGGAAACCAGGAGUGGACUUAUGAUGCUAAGUUGCGCACGAUAAAGCACUCCAACACGGGUAUGUGCCUUACAAAGCCGGAGUCAGCGGAUGUAUGGAAGCCGGUCCUGAGGGCGUGUGAUAAGUCAAGGGGACAGCAGUGGCUGAUGCAACUUGACUUCAAGUGGCAAGCCCGUCGCAGCUAGUGCACCUCGAUAAUAUUUAACAACGAUAGACCACAUCAGUCUUCCCCUAUCGUUAUAUAUUAGAUUCGUUUAUUCCUAUGUCUAGUUUUAUAUCGACUUUGCCCAAUUUGACAAUACAUCUCGUAUUCCCUGAUGUUGCUCAAACUGUUUGUUUGCUCUUGGAAUUAUUUAGCGUAAGAUUGUAAUCGUACGAUGGAAUUUUGAGAUUAAAUCCACGUUGGAAAUUUUCGCGUUAUCAAAGUUUUAUAAGUGUUUCUAAUCGUGUUCAAAUACGCAAAUAAAUUAAUUAUAUAAGAUAAAUUUAAAUUUUGGAAGGAGAUAAAGUUUUUACCAGCUCCAAUAUUUAAUAUAUGUAUGUGUUUAAAACGUCUUAAAAAACUGAUUAAUACAUCUAUGAGUUGUAUCAUGUCCAAUAACUCUCAAAUAAUACUACAAAGAUAAAUUUGAGUUGUUCUUUAAUUUUCUUUAUGUAUUUAAAACGUUUUAAAAAGCUUAUGUUUAUAAGUUUAAGGCAUGUAUCAGUUUAUACAUGUUCAAAUACUGAAAACUCUCCCAAAAAUUUGCUUAUUACUAAAUAUGUAUUACAAUAUUAUGACACACACAACAAUUUUGAGCAACUCCUUGAAUUCUUCUUUGCGUAUUUGAAUAUAAAUAAUAAAAGGAAUUUCGAUGAUGCCCAUUUGAGUUAUCCACGUGUGAAGUGAUAAAUCAAAAGUUAUGACGUUUUCCAGAAAUUAUCACGAAUUUAUUGUUAAUGUUCCAUAAUUAUUUAACGCUUAUUUCUGUUUCGAGUACUGUGACUGUUGAAGUUUUCGAGAGAUUUUACAUUUCCGUUUUUUUUCUCGUUGAACAUUACAAAUUCCAAUGUUUGAUAUGUUAAAGAUUGUUUCCAAUAUUUCAGUUUGGUUUUGCAAUUCUACGCGUCACCUUAAUUUCAUUUUCCUCCUCAUUUGGAGAUUUACGCUUUAGAGAAACAUUCCUUGUUCAAAAUAUAUGUCAAUUCUUUAUAAAUAUUUGUUAACGUCCUCAAAUAAACAAUUUUUUACACCUCUGUAAUAAGAUGUCAUUUUGACAUCGAGAGAAUAAAAAUGGAAAAGUAUGCUACCUUGGUAAACACAUGCAGGUGUUCACUAGACAGAAAUAAUAUAGUUUUUAUAGGAUCUAUCUAUUCAAUAAGAUUUUAACAGUAGAACUAUUAUCUGCAUAUUUUCUAGCACUCUGUUGAUAUAUUUUCCUAUCAUAUUUAGAAGGCUAGGGCACUCUGUGCCAUAUUCGAUUUAUGCUUCCUUCUUCAUGUAAACCCCAUUUUAAUGUUUUCUUAAUGGACAUUUAACAUCUUCGAGUAAUUUUGUAAUUGUUAAGCUAGUCUUGAGAGGAUUAGGAACGUGGGAGAAUAAAUUAGAUUGUAUUCCAAACAAAAGGGGCUUUUCCGAUUUCUAUUGACUUAUUUCUUACGUGUUUUCUCGAUUGGGUUUAUAUCCAACCGUAUAUAAAGUUAAAAUUGUUUAUACUCCCGUUUGUUUUCCACCACAUUGAUAUAACAAUGUGUAUUACAACGUUUAAACGGUGGCCUGAAAAAGGCUAUUUUUAAAGUGUUCGAAUUAAAAUUGUAUAACUCUUGUUUAAAAUUUAUUGAAAAAGCACCGCUUUUAUCGGAAUUGUAUCAUUAUUACUUUGAAUUCUUGUGUAAUUAAAUUACUAUCUUUGAGUAUUUUGCCGACCUGAUAUCAAAUCCGUUCUUCUUAUCUGCGACUACGUGCGUAAGCUGUCUUUACUCGAAGAUGUAUGACUAUGUUUGAAGUUACUAUUUUCUUGAGUAAUGCUUAUUUACUGCCAGUGAUAGGAGUUAUUUUCAUUAAAUUUAUUGAAUGAUUUUAUAUAAAUGUAUGUUACGUCGCAUGGUUGUUAUAUUAUAUAUUUAAUUUCGUUGCAACAAGAGAUUGUAACAUUAGGUAUUUUUAUAAAUAUUUAUAAAACACGCUAAAUCUGCAUAUUGAUUCUAAUCAUUCCAUUAAUUACAAAUUUAUAAAGUAAAAAUGAA